CAAUUCUACAACAUCAUCAACAACGAACGCACCACAACCCCCGAGACCCGACACAGCACCAACCCGACCACCGGCCACCCGAACCCCGCCGUCCCAGUCUCGCGCCCAACCGACCUCGACACCGCCGUGCUGGCCGCGCAAUCCGCCCUCCCAGCAUGGUCCGCCACCCCGCUCUCGACCCGCCGCGCCCUCCUCGCCAGCUACGCCGCCCUCCUCGCAACCCACAAGGCCACCCUGGCCGCCCUCCUCACCCAGGAACAGGGCAAACCGCUCAGCCAGGCGCAGAUCGAAGUCGACAUGGCCAUCACCUGGACGCAGCAGAUCCCCCUCCUCGAUCUUCCGGUGCACACCAUCGAAGACACCCCGGACCGCCAGAUCAUCCAGCGCUACGUGCCCAUCGGCGUGUGCGGCGCCAUUGUCCCCUGGAAUUUCCCCGUCCUGCUGGCCGUCGGCAAGAUCGUGCCCGCCCUGGUCACGGGCAACGUGCUCCUCGUCAAGCCCAGCCCCUACACGCCCUACUGCGCGCUGAAGCUGGGGGAGCUCGCCGCCCAGAUCUUCCCGCCGGGGGUCGUGCAGGUGCUGAGUGGCGGGGAGGAGCUGGGGCCCUGGAUGACGGCGCAUCCCGGCAUCCAGAAGAUUAGUUUUACGGGAUCGAGUGCCACCGGCCGCAAGGUGAUGGAGGGGUGUGCGCGCGGGCUGAAGAGGGUGACGCUGGAGUUGGGGGGGAAUGAUGCCGCGAUUGUGUGUGAGGAUGUCGAUGUCGAUGCGGUGGUGCAGAAGAUCGGCACCAUCGCCUUCCUCUGUUCCUCGCAGAUCUGCAUGACGAUCAAGCGGCUGUACGUCCACGAGAAGAUCUACGACCAGUUCCGCGACAAGCUCGUGCGGUUCGUGCGCGCCCUGAAGGUCGGCGACGGCACCCUCCCGGACACCUUCUUCGGCCCCGUCCAGAACCGCAUGCAGUUCGACAAGGCCACCGACUUGCUGGCCGCGACCCAGGCGGCCGGCCUGCAGACCAUCGCCGCCGGCGAGGUCCCCGCCAACCUCGGGGCAGGGUACUUCAUCCCGCCGACGAUCGUGGACAACCCGCCCGAGGCCUCGCGCGUGGUGCAGGAGGAGCCCUUCGCGCCGAUCCUGCCGCUGCUCCGAUGGGCCGACGAGGCCGACGUGGUCGCCCGCGCCAACGCCUCCGACUACGCGCUGAGCGCCUCGGUGUGGAGUCGCGAUCUGGGGCGGGCGCGCCGCCUCGUCGACCAGCUGCAGGCAGGCUCGGUGUGGGUGAACUCGCACUUCGACGUCGCGCCCCACGUGCCGUUUGGCGGCCACAAGGCCAGCGGGAUGGGCACGGAGUGGGGGGUCCAUGGGCUGGUGGGCUGGUGCAAUUCGCAGACCUUGUGGUUGAGGAGUCAGCUGUAG